UAUGGUUUUGUCCUAUGAUAAGGCUGGCAACAAAGAUCACUGGAGCCGUAAUAAAUAAAUAAAAAAAAAAAUUGUGUGAAUUUUGUUUGUUUUUACAAUACGCUGAAUUUGUUAGUGAAUAUUUUAAUUGUAUUAUUAAAUAUCAAAUAAUACGAAUAUUCGGGGAAGAUUAGGGGAGUUCAUGAUCAAAUAUGGUUCAGUCGCAAUUCUCGUUAUGUUGGGAUUCGUACAAAACUACUGUUUGCAAUGGUUUUAGUGCACUUCAACAGAAUGGGGAGUUUGUGGACAUGACCCUUGCAGCAGAUGGACAUUUUGUGAAAGUUCACCAAAUAUUAGUUGCAUUAGCUAGCCCAUACCUUAAGGAUUUAAUUACAUCGGCUCCAUGUCAACAUCCUGUAAUAUUUUUAAAUAAUAUAUCCAACAGAACAUUGUGUUCAUUGCUUGAGUAUAUAUACACAGGAGAAGUGCUUGUUCGAGCUGAUAAUUUGACAGCCUUUGUUGAAGCUGCUAGGGCUCUUCAUAUCAAAGGCCUUGAGAAUAUUGCAAGUGAUGAGAAUAUAAAACCUACAAUAGAAGUACCUAUUUCCAAUGAGCAUAGUAUACAAAUAACGCAUUCAAAUAAACGAUUGGUUCUUCCAUCGUUAGAACCAACAGAGCAGAGUAAUUUACCAGGAACUACUAAAAGGAUUUACUUAAAACAAGACAUUUCUUCUGUACCAACCGGCAAAUCAGGAUCGGUGAAGACGAUAACGCCUAAAGAUGACGUACAAGAUUAUCCCGAAAUGAUGGACGAUUGGCCCGCUGACGAUAGCGAGCCUUUCGUCCAGGAAUCUUUGACUACGAAUACCGGAAAACAUACAGAAAAAGAAUCAACGUCAUCAAAUCUCCAAUUCACGGUGUCGAUACGUGGAUCCCUUCAAAUGAUACUGAAUCGGUACAUCUACAAUCUGAACUCCACCACGACGCGCACCGGCGUGAGGCGCUGGCGGUGUGUCGACUACAGGAACAAUAAGUGCUCGGCAUUCGUAGUCACCAGAGGGAGCAUGGUCUUAAAAAGAGCUAAUCCUCACAACCAUUCUUUCCACGAUAAAAAAAUACUCGCGAAGAUGCAAAAGAAAGCAGUGUUCUCAGCAUUAGAAGAUAUUCAGGCCUACAAUGAGAAGGAACAAAGGAGAGGCGACGCCGGCGAAGAUAGUAAUAAUGUGUCCAUGGAACACGAAAAUUUCAAUUUGACAGACGACUUUGAUAGUGACAUGGAUAUUAAAUCGACCACUUUAUUAACUAAAAAUUCUAUAAUGGCCUCACUGAGUUGGUUUCUGUUUGUGUUUGUGAACUUUGCUGCAGUGUUUAGUGGUCCGUUGAAGAAAAGUUAUGAUCAUUUUUUGUCAUAUCCCCCUGUGCAACGAUUUAGGGAAUAUCUGCAAAUAGACACUAGUCAAGAAGAAAAUAUACACCAAGCUGUUGAUUUCUGGACUCGUCAAGCGAAAGAAUUGAACCUGCCCAUUGCUGUGUACAAUCAGCCCCAGGGCAUGCCAGUGGUGGUUAUCACAGUAGAAGGCCUCGACCCCUCCUUGCCUACUAUUAUGUUGAACUCUCACAUGGAUGUAGUGGAAGCUGAUGAGACGGAAUGGGAACAUCCGCCGUUCGCCGCGGUCAUGGAUGAAUAUGGGGAUAUCUUUGCUCGUGGUGCGCAAGACACGAAGGAUGUGGCCAUGCAAUACAUGGAAGCCAUCAGAAGGCUCAAACAAGAUAAUAUAACUCUACUGCGAACACUACAUCUUACCUUGAUGCCUGACGAAGAAACAGGCGGCUACGAAGGGAUUAAGCUUUUUAUAGACACGGAAGAAUUUCAGGCGCUAAACGUGGGUUUUGCCUUAGAUGAGGGAAUGUCUUCAUCUGAGGACGUGCUUUAUGCUACUUAUGAAGACAGACGACCCUGGCAAAUACAAUUUGUAGUUCACGGUGAGGGUGGUCAUGGGUUUACUAUGCCAGAUGCGACCGCGGCAGUAAAGGUAGUUAAAUUGAUGAACGUCAUCACGAAGUAUAGAGAUGUCCAAAGGAAUUUAAUGAGGUCUGCAAGGCGAACUGACUACGGAGCAUAUACCAGCAUAAAUAUCAAUAUUUUGAAGGGUGGCUACGCGGAGAACGUUAUACCCUCUAAGAUGUCAGUGGUCAUGGACAUGAGACUAGCAUCAUAUGCGAACAUAUCAGAUAUAGAAGAUUUAGUUCAGGAAUGGCUUAAAGUGACUGGAAAUACUACAGAAGUUAGUUUUAUAAGGCGCGAGGACGUGUCUGGUACAACGAAACUCGAUGACUCAAAUCUAUAUUGGACUGCUUUAAAAGGGACGGUUAACAGAUUAGGUUACGAAAUAAAGCCAAUCAUCUGCCCUGCCACAUCGGACAUGCUGGUGUUGCGUAAUCGAGGAGUGCCUGCCGUGGGAUUUUCGACUAAAGUACACACUGAAUCUCGGAUUCAUAGCAAAAACGAGUAUUUAAACGUGGAAACAUUUCUAAGGGGAAUAGAUAUUUAUUUAGAGGUUAUUAAGAGCUUAGGAAACCUACCGAAACAUCAAGAAAGUUCUGGAACCAAAUAUAAUUGUGAUUAACCUCUGUGUAUUAAGUACUUAUUCAAUUAUAAUAAGUUUAUAACUUACCCGUAGACUUAAAUUAUGUAUUAGAUAAUAAGUAGACUUGCAAAGAAUAGUAUAUUCAGGUACACGCCAAAUAAGUACUGAAUAUAUGUCUAUUCGGCAAAAAAAACAGCCGAAAAUAUUUGGCGAGCACGUGGCGUGAUAAUUAUACUUAUUGACAGGGCUUUUUUAUGGAGACACGCAGUGGCCCCAAAGGAAAUUUCAAAAAAAUAUCAUUAAAAAGUACAGGUAGGGGAGCGGGGCUGUUGUAUAAACUAGCUAUCUACUACCUAAAAGUGCAGAAAAAAUUGUCUACGCGUCCCAAAAUAUUCAUGAUAAAUAUUCUAAUUCAUUUGUGUGAUAUUUUUGUUGAAUAUGUUUGACUAUUUAGAUCAAUAUUAAAAUACGUUACUAUAAACUAAAUCUUAUUUUAUUAUUUUACCUAUAAUCUGUCUACGACUAAUAACUAGAUAUUGGCUACUCCGCCGAAUAGGAUAAAAGUAGUUUAAUACCGAAUACUUAGUAGCCGAAUAUGCGAUUCAAGUCUAACAAUAAACUCUAGUAUUAAAACGAUUAUCAUGCUUUUCAAAUGUGUCAAGGUGUCUACUGUCUAAUAUACAAUUUUAAUAAAAAAAAUCUCUAAACUUACA